CGCGGACGGCCCGGACAGGCGUGGGGGCGGGGCGGCGAGCGGAGCGCGCAUGCGCCGCAGCGCCAGCGCUCUCCCCGGAUCCUGAGGGGCCUGAGCCUCUCCGCCGGCGCAGGCUCCGCUCGCGCCAGCUCGCUCCCGCCGCCAUGUCUUCUACCAUCGAGCGGGAGUUUGAGGAGCUGGAUGCUCAGAAUCGCUGGCAGCAGUUGUACUUGGAAAUUCGCAAUGAAUCCCAUGACUAUCCUCAUAGAGUGGCCAAGUUUCCAGAAAACAGAAAUCGAAACAGAUACAGAGAUGUAAGCCCCUAUGAUCACAGUCGUGUUAAACUGCAAAAUGCUGAAAAUGAUUAUAUUAACGCCAGCUUAGUUGACAUAGAAGAGGCACAAAGGAGUUACAUCUUAACACAGGGUCCACUUCCUAAUACAUGUUGUCAUUUCUGGCUCAUGAUUUGGCAGCAAAAGACCAAAGCAGUUGUCAUGCUAAACCGAGUUGUGGAGAAAGAAUCGGUUAAAUGUGCACAGUACUGGCCAACAAAAGACGACCGAGAGAUGCUGUAUAAAGAAACAGGAUUCAGUGUGAAGUUCUUGUCAGAAGAUGUGAAGUCAUAUUAUACAGUACAUCUACUGCAGUUAGAAAAUAUCAAUAGUGGUGAAACCAGAACAAUAUCUCACUUUCAUUAUACUACCUGGCCAGAUUUUGGAGUCCCUGAAUCACCAGCUUCAUUUCUCAAUUUCUUAUUUAAAGUGAGAGAAUCUGGUUCCUUGAAUCCUGAACAUGGGCCUGCAGUGAUCCACUGUAGUGCAGGCAUUGGGCGGUCAGGCACCUUUUCUCUCGUAGACACCUGUCUUAUUCUGAUGGAAAAAGGUGAUGAUAUUAACAUUAAACAACUGUUACUGAAUAUGAGAAAAUAUCGAAUGGGACUUAUUCAGACACCAGAUCAACUCAGAUUUUCGUAUAUGACUAUAAUAGAAGGAGCAAAAUUUAUAAAGGGAGAUUCAAAUAUACAGAAACGGUGGAAAGAACUUUCUAAGGAAGACUUAUGUCCUGCUUUUGAUCAUUCACCAACCAAAAUAAUGACUGAAAAAUAUAAUGGGAACAGGAUAGGCCUAGAAGAAGAAAAACAGGCAGGUGACAGAUACACAGAACUAUCCUCUAAAAUGCAAGAUACUAUGGAGGAGAACAGCGAGAGUGUUCUACGGAAACGUAUUCGAGAGGACAGAAAAGCUAACACGGCUCAGAAGGUGCAGCAGAUGAAACAGAGGCUAAAUGAGACUGAACGAAAAAGAAAAAGGUGGUUAUAUUGGCAACCUAUUCUCACUAAGAUGGGGUUUGUGUCAGUCAUUUUGGUUGGCGCUUUUGUUGGCUGGACACUGUUUUUUCAGCAAAACGUUCUAUAAAUAAAAAUUAAUUCUGCCCAGCAAGCUUCUGCACUAGUAGCUGACAGUGUGGUGUUAAUCACAACAGUUUGUCUGUUAGCAAACUCCUCAUACCCAAAAACGGUGCAGUAGAAUAGACACCAACCAGAUAAGUGACAUAUUCAGUCCCCAGCGCAACAUCUCAGGGCGCUGCCCCCAGACUGUAAAUGGCUAUCUAAAAUAAAGACUUUAAUGCUUGUUAAAAACUGGUACAUUUUGCAACUGUAUUCGUAUAUGUUAAGCGUAAAAUUUCACUUGACGAGAUUGAGAAAUCCUUUAUCAGAAGGAUUUGUUUUUGGAGGCUGUCUGGAUUUUGACCUGCACUUGAUAUAAGCAAUAAAUAUCAUGGUUUUAUCUAAAUUAUUACUGGAAAGAAAAUGACCUUUAAUGUGUGUAAUGUAUAAUGUACUAUUGAUAUGGGCAUCAACAUUUUAUAUUCUUAACCAUUUCAGGGUAAAUAUAUUUUAUAAGUACCUAUUUAAUCUUACUUUUGUAGUUAAAUGUACUUUUUAAAAGCUCAAUUUGCAAAAUCUGUUACCAUAAAAAAUAAAUUGUAUGUUGACUCAGUUGUACUGGAUGCAUUUUCCUACAAGAAGUUUGAUAUGAGCAGUUAGAUCUCUGAAUAAGCAAUUUUUACUAUAUAUUUGCAUUUCUUUUAUGUUUUACGGUUUCCCAAUUUUAAAAAGAAAAACAAACAAACAAAUAUUUUCCUUAAAAAUAUCUUUGAAGGAAAAUUCUCCUUACUGACGUAGUCAGGUAACAGUUGAUCAAGACUUUGUAAAGAAAUCGGUUUCUAUAAAGCCCAUUAUUAAUACCAUUUAUUUUUCAUGAAAAUUUCAGUGUAAUUACCGUAAUUUAUAAUUGGGGUAAAUCAUGAUUUGGGUAAUAAAAAUAAGGAGCAGCAUUUUAUUAUCCAUGAUUUCAGUUUACUAGACUGAAGUUUUGAAGUAAAAAUUUUUUCAAGUUCUUUCUACUUCAAUAAAUAGUAUGAUGAUGUACGAACCUUACAUUGUCCCUUUAACUUCUUAAUGGGUAUUUUUAAAGCCUACUGUUUAAUGAAUUUAACUGCUCAUUUGAGUGCUAGCUUUCGUCAGAUUCCAGCAUUCCUUUCAGUGUUUAACUUGUUUAACUUAAACUUUAAAUAGUUGUUAUAAAUUUAAUUGCUGAAAUAAUGAAAUCACAUUAUUUCAGUGGUUUUCAAACUAUGCUCAUUGGAUUUCUAAGGGGUCGCCAAGAGGUGGUAGGAAAGACUCCAAGUUUUCUACCCUUACUUUUAACCAGACCAUCUCUGCUUUAUCUAUUUUAUAUACUACAUAAGAUUUCUGCAUGAGGUUUAAUUAUUUUAAAAGUGCAGUUAUAAUUUAAAAAACAGUUUGAAAACCAUUGGUAUAGAUAGGUAUCUUGAAUUGAUUUGAGUAGCCUUCUUGAAUGUGUUAAAUUAUGCUGAAAGUAUGAAAGGAUGUAGGUGGUACUACACAUUAAAUAAGAUUUGUAUAACUUGUGCCUGUGUCCUAAUUCAGUAUUACUGUGUCCUGUAACCUUUAAAUGGAGAGGAGGUAAGAGGGACGUUUUCUUAUGUCUGUCUGCGUUAAACCUAUGCUCAGGCAGCAAACCCUAACAUCUUAGGUCAUUAUUGGUUUAAAGUCUUUCUUUCCAAUUUACCUUGAUUUAUCUUUGCUAGAAUACAGUAUAUUACUUUGCAAGUCAAAUAUGAAUAGACCAUAUUAAACUUCCAAUUGAAGAUAGCCUUGCUUUAAACAAAAAGGUAAAGACUUCUUAUACAAAACAAAUGCCGACAAUGAUGCACACUGCCCCUUUGCUGGGUAAAUGCGCUUCAUUGGAUUCGCUAUUCCCGCUUUGCUUUUUGUCUGCUCUCUGUCCUUCUGGAUGGCAUCUGUUGUAAUAUAUUUUUCAAUCAUAUUCAGCAUAGUGAACACUUGCUGGACUUCUGCAAGGGUUAGUCAUCUUUCCUCCUUCAAGCAGAUCCUUGAGGAUAAUGUGUUAAGUUUUUACCAUUAAUAAUAUUUUUGGUGGGUGCAAUGUACUAAUUAUUGAAAAUAUAUGGCAACGUGCUGUGGUGCCCACGGUCAUCGUCCUGACCCUUUAUUAAAUGAGGUAUGCUACUAGGAGAGGAGGACACAGCUAUCAUUCUUGCCUUCUCAGGUGGCGAGCAGAGGAAAAGUUAGUAAUCCUUGAUGGGUUCUGCAGCUUUAUAAAAUUUGUAUCCUUAGGUCUUCAUCAUAUUUUCUAAUUAUAACAAAUUUUAAAAGUCAGUUGUGUAGUUUGACUUUGAGGUAGUAUUUUUUAAAUAAGGAGGAAAAAAAGAUUUUUUUAAAAACCAGAGGCUUUUAUUAUUUUAAGAAAGAAUAUUUACAUUAAUAUCGACUUCAUUUAUGUUCAUAUCUAUCCCUGCUAAUAAACUGACAGCAACUUUUGAUUUAAUGCCAUCUUUUCUGGCUACACCAACUGGUUAUAUAUUCGUUUCCAAGUUUACCCAAGUAUUUCAUGCUGUCCCACUACUCAUUUUUAGAUAUGCUUGCACAUAUAUAAUAUGUAAAAAUAUGAUUCUCUAUAUUUAGUUUAUCCAUAUAUAAAAUAAAAAUAAUACCCUUUUCCUGAAUUCUUGGGUUAAAAAAAGUAAUAUGUUAAAGUGCAUAGAGAACUUUAGAACAAUAUAAAGAUCAUUUCUCAUGUUUAGAGGAUAUUUUAUGUGUUUGCUCUGUCAUGUUCCUCUUCUAUCUUUUUGGUUCAUUUCACUAUGUAUUACUAUUUCUACCAAGGAAUGAACAAAAAAAAGAGAAAGAAAGUGAAAACUUGUUAAUUUUUUUUUAAAUAGCUCUGCUUAACAGGUAUGUCAGAGGAAGGAGUUGUGACUCUUAACUUUAUGUACACUUCUGCUUGUUCCUUUGUUUUAAAUAAAUUAGAAUUGAUGGUAUGAAUCAAAAAAUAUGUAUCAGUUUAAAAAGUAGUUUAUAACGUGGAGCAGUCCUCCAGUUUUUACAUCAAUUCCUUCUUUGCUUUCAGCAUCAGUUUACAGUGAUGGUUGCUACCAUUUACUGAUCGUUUCCUAUUUGCCAAGCACUGUGCUAAGCAGUUUUCAUAUAUUAUCCUAUUUAAUCCUCACAACAAACUUUUGAGGUAGGUGGUGUUAUUAUUAAGCCAUAAUCAACCUGAGACUUGAUACUUCUAUAUUCUUCUAUGGUGCUACCAUUGAAAAGUCUCAUAUAUAUAGUAUAUUUUAGAAUUAGAUAAUUCUUAGAGAAAGACUUACCUUCUGCAAGUCAUUUCCCUCUUAGAAAAAUAUCUCUGACUAGAUUCUAUAUUAAUAGACACAGGCCAGAACCUGAUUAUAUUAGAAAUAUUUUUAUGAAUCAUUAUAUACUCUAUUUUAAUGAGUACUUAGAUUUGCAAAGUGCCUGCCUGGUUAUUGUACAGAUUUUAAAAUCUAGUCUGCCUUGAUUUUUACAUUCAGAUACAAAUCAUCUAGAGAUUUUUCUUAAGUAUAGUCUAUUAUCAUCUAAUGCCGUUAUGUAUAGCGUCCAUUUCUUCCCAUGUUCAGACAGGAGCCUAGGAAUCACACCUUCUGUAAACAUUGAUUUAUUUUUUCGUCUCAUGGGCCCACGUGAGUUUGUCAGUGGGGUAGAGAACAUGGACCAAGAGUGUGAUCUCUAAAUCUGCUGUGCGCUAGUGGGGGGCGGGGAGCCAGGGAGUGGGGACCGAGGUCAGAACUUGGUACAUCAAUCCUGGUCUGGAACUAGCUGUAUAGCAGAAAUGUCUGUUCUGUGUUCUUAUUUCUACAUCAACAGCUAAUUACAUCUCUUUUACUUUAAGAAACCCAUUUGGCUUUGACUUAAUUUAGAUGAUGGGACACAAAAUCUCAUAAAUAAAAUUUUGAAGAAUAGAAGCAUAAUAUUUUUCCACAUAAUGAAAUUAAGUUCUCCUGACUUAAAAUACAAAUCUUCGUCAUUUCCUGAAUGGUUUAUUCUGGAAUUGACCUGUUUCUUUAAUUCAUUUGUCUGGAUUUGAUCCCAUUUUUCCUUAUUCCUAUCUUCAAAGUACUGUUGGUGGGACAACAGCACCAACAGCCCUUACAACAGUGGCUGUGUUAGAAAUUGUAGCUCUCUCUUCUUCUAUUCAAUAUACGUAAAUGAUAACACGCAUUGGUGGGAAGAAACUCACUUUUGUAAGCUCCACAGUGCCUGCUCUACCCAGGAAUCCUCAGAGAGAUACUGCACACUUACUGGCUGUAUUUUGUGUAUGUGGCCAUAAUAUAGCCAUUUCAUUGUUCAAGAUUUGGGAGUUUAAGCCUUUCAUUUGGGAAUUUUAAGCUACCCACUUUCUUGGGUAGUGUUCUGAAGAAAAAUCUUCUAGGAAAAUGGUAUGAGUUUGGCUAUCUCCUUUUUUCCUCAGCAGCAGGAAUUUUCUCAAUGUUUACCACAUUCACAUUGCUCCAAGAACAGCAUUGAGCAAUUCUGCACGAGUGCUUUCUCUCAACAUUCUUCAGAGAAAUGAUUGUCUCCUUUGGCUACUGGAUUCUGGAAACUUCUUUGAGGAGAAUUUUUUCCUUACUGUCAUUGCUGAUCCUUUUCUCAUGUUGUAUGCUAUUUACUCCAUCACAGAGUGUUGUCAAGCGUAAGCAGUGAAUCAAACUGAGAAGCUUUUACUUGGUUUGAGAGGCUUUGUCUUUAUCAGUAACAACCUGACAAAGAAAAGAUUUUAAAGAGCUCUGACCAUCUCUGAACAGUCCAUUGGGAGAAUGAAAAGUCCAGUCUUUUGAAGUCUUUCUAUUUUAAUAGGUUUUAUAAUUUAGCAUGGAAUAUGGGAAUUACAGGAUUUAUCGUUUACAGAGUCUACUUUAAUACUCUCUGUUUUUCCAUUACGUAGUAUGUUUUGGGGAACUAUAAGGAGAAUUGCAUGGGACUUUUUUUCUUUAUUGAGACCGUUUUUUAAAGAAAAGCAUCAGCUCUUUAUUGUUGCUCUAAUAUCGCAUAGAUUUUAUAGAUACAUGAUGAUGUUAAUAGUUCAAAUUACUAUAAAAACGAACAAGUUAUUUUGAGUUUGAUGAAUUCAGGAAAGGAAAACUAGGUAAGUUGAUUUGAUCUAUAAGGUAAUACUUUGCUCACUAUAGAGAAGUUUUUAUGUUUCUUUUCAUUAAAAUAUUAGUGUGAAAAUCUGUUGACAAAAACUGCUUAGGAUGCAGUUUGACAUUCUAUGACUUCAGAUGGGGAGCUAGCUUGGGAAGAUGAUGCUCUGUCUGUAAAGCUGGCCUGCAUCCCCUUCUAGAAUAAGGAUGAUUGGCAGUGUGCAAGGGCCGCUUUCUCAAAGAAAGCACCAAGCGUGGCUAAUUCCACCUCAUUUGUUUGGCCCCGUUUUACUUUUGCCUUGUUAAAUAAAACAGCCAAAAAUGAUUCAAGUGGACAUAUAUUUUCCUAAAAUGAAGCCCAUUUAUCUUUUCACUCUUGCAAGUAGUCCUUUAAAAUAGUUAACACUUCCAAUGAUUUCAUCUUAUUUUCUUAUCUCCCAGAAUAAUAUUUACAAAGAAAGAAAUAAAUGAAUUUUUAAAAAUGCUGUCAAAUUCUUCUAGUUGUUAUAGAUGAUAGUUUAUCCUUGGUAAGUGUAUUUUUAACACACUGUUGGGGAAGACAAAGUGUAUGUUGAACACCUACAGUUCUGCCAGUCAGUUUAAAGACAUAAUCUAAAUUUAACCCACUUAACACUUCUAGAUAUAUCACGUUACCCCUAUUUUCAGGUAAGAAAACUGGUCAAAAAAUAAGUAACUUGCCCAAGAUUGCACAGCUAGUACCUGACAGAGCUAAAAUUUAAACUCCAGUCUGUAGAAUUCCCCAAACCCAAACCUCAUACUUUUUCCAUUAUGUCACACUGGCUCUUUUUAUGGAGUAUUUAAACCAAAUGUUUAGACAACUACUUUUACCUGUUAAAAUUCAAAGUAACCCUCUUUAUUUUUUAAGUGAAACAAGUCAAAUUUUUUCCCUCCAAAAAAUUUUGUGAAAUGAUUUGAACUACCAAUGAACCAGAGAAACGCUGGAACAUCAGAAUAUUCUCUAAACCAAACCAUUUCAUUCACUUUGAUUGCUUAGAGUAAAUUUUUUUUGUUUUAAAGAGCAGACUUCUGAAUGUGUGGCAAACAAGUAUGUAUCUUGCAGCCAUCAGAAUCAAUAAGUACCUUUCCCUAUUUUGACCACUUUGGUUCAGGUUGCCGUAGAUCCCGGCAGUGAGCAUGCAUAGAAGGUUUUAUGACCACAGAUAUCUAAUGAGAAUGUCUUCUUGAUGACUUGACAAUUUCUCUAUCAGUGCUGGAAAAUCAAAGAAAAGGGUUAUUCAGAACAGCAAGGUCAUUGUUACUGUUAUUUUUUCCUUCAGUAGAAGGAGCCAGUAGUUGGAAGAAGCCCAAUUUGCAGUAUUUCGAGGUUUUUGACUAAAUGUUUUGGAUAAAUGUAUGGGUGUGGUUUAUAUUUCCUAUUUAUAUACAUGGAGAUACCAUAAUGACAAAUAUUUAGAUUUUUUUUUUUUUUUUUGUCAUAGCAAGGGAUGUUGGGGGGAAAAUGGAAAUACCAUUUACCUCCUCAAAAGUUCAGCUAUUUUCAGAUAUUGUGAAAUAACAUCAAAAACUCAGCUGCCCUUCAAAUAGUUAUUUCAUCUGUCUAUCACAUGUUUAAACUCUCAUUUAUCUUUACUUUUUGGCAUUAAAAUACAAUAAAUCUCUCAA